AACGGCUGUGUGUGAAGGGUGGGUCUAAGGCUUACCAUUGGCUGACUUCGCCAGGUGUUUGCUGCUGUGAAAGACUCUCACUCUGUGCUGGAAGCUACUGCUGCACAUGGGACGAGAACUUGUAAAACUAGUAUGUAGUUUUGGAGAAGAUUGGUGUGCUAUAUUCAGUUAAAAGUAAGGAACGUGAAAAAGUGCACAACUUCAGACGGAGCCAGGGACAUUUACCACCAAAUAAUAACUCAGAGAGAAAGAAAGUUUACAGACUGGGAAUGAACUUUACGUUUGGAAGCAGGGGCGCAAGUGCAUCCAAUUGUGGCACUGUGUGAUAAACAUUACAACCUGGGUCAUAUUUCAUUCUCAUACUUGACUAAGACUUUAGGAUAUUACACGUAGACGUCAGCACCCACCCAUAUUGCAUGUAUAAACCGAUAUGAGCAAUGCACAUAAAAUUAACUUGUGAAAUGAAUUUAAAACGUAACUGAGUGGCAUGUAUCAAGGGAAACUGUUGUCCAAAAUCGUACCUACCCCACCUCAUGCCCCCCUCUGGUCGCCCCCGCCCUGCACAAAUGUGACACUGUUGUGACUACAUCCCAUUUUAUGAACUAUUCUGUCAAGGGAGCCCCCGCUGGCUGGUUUGCUUCAGUGAUUUCGUUACUGGAUUUGCUCUGUAAAACAUCGUAAUAUCAAAAUACAAUCUUGCGUGACUUCGUCACUUUGUUAGACAAAGCAUGCUAAACAAGUGACUUAACCUGCACUGAAUGCUAUAUUUUCUUUCCACUUUGGAAAAAGAGUGGAUAAGCGCAGUAUGACCUGGCUCCACACCAGCCAAGCUAUUGGCGGAUCCCUUUUUUCUUACGGAGAACUGGUAGAAGUGAAGGCAUCUUAGACGUGUUAAUAAAAGUAGACUGUCUUUUAUAAUUCAUAAUAUGCCUGUGUUUCUAAUUGGGACAGCUUCUUGAGACUUAAAGGGCAAACCUGGAUUUUACCCUGUCGGAUUAACCCUGCACCUGGAGGAAUAUGUUACCAAUGCUCAGACGCCAAAGGAUAGUCUCCAACUGUGGGCCAUUAGCAUGCCUGGCUUUGACUGCCUGUGUAAUUUGUCUAGCCAUUUGUCAGGUUUUAGAAAGCUCCUUCUCCCUAGGUGCCUGGCACCGCCAACGCCGUCAACUGCGCUUUGGGAAUGAGUGGACGUCAUGGAUCAGCUGGUCUAGGUGUUCUAGUACAUGUGGGGGAGGAGCAGCGAUAAGGACAAGGAAAUGCAUUAUCAGAAACCCAGCUGGAGAGACCUGCCAAGGAGACCAAAGACAAUACAAGCUGUGCAACCCCCAGGAUUGCCCAGAAGGAACAGUAGACUUCCGAGAACACCAGUGUUCAGUGUAUAACUCAAAGCAAAUCUUGCCCAACCAACAUUUUGAGUGGGUGCCAUUUUUUGGAGGGCUUAACCCCUGUGAGCUAAGCUGUUUGGCCAAAGGACAAAACUUUUACUACAGUUUUGGUCGUGUUCUGGAUGGAACACGGUGCCAUGCAGACUCAAACCAUGUAUGCAUCAAUGGCAAGUGCUUGAAAGCUGGCUGUGACCAAAUUCUGGGCUCAGAGCAGAAAGAGGAUGCCUGCCGUGUAUGUGGGGGACUGAAUCAUACCUGUAUGAAGCACCAUAAUAUCUACACCACAAAGCAUCCCUCCUCAGGUGUCUUUGGCUACAGUGAGGUCACAAUGAUUCCAGCUGGAGCAACCCACAUCAGAGUAAUUGACAAUAGCAGAAACUACUUGGCCUUAAGAAAUGGUAAUGCAAAAUAUCUGAUAAAUGGAAACUGGGAUAUUGACCAACCAGGGGAAUACAAUGCAGCAGGAACAAAGAUUUAUUAUAAGCGUUCUCCUGAUGACCAUGAAAGCCUUGAGGCCAUGGGACCCACACAGGAGGAUCUCCACAUUAUGGUCUUGCUUACAGAACCAAACUCUGGAAUAGAGUAUGAAUAUUGGCUUCCCACAAACAAAUACAGUGUUUAUCAUGGGCAGCGUAGCCCACUUCAGGGGAACCAACAGGUGGCAACAUUUAUCCCUCCACCACAGUUUACCACCACCAGAAGACCUAAAAGAGUUAGCAUAACAACUGCACCAGCUUGGCGAGCGCCUCUUCAAGGUGAUCAUCAGCCACAACCACGCCUGGAAAGAGAUGGCACCCAGAGCAACUAUAUUCCACAGCCUCCACGGCAUGACAAUUGUGGAAAGUGUAGAAAGGUCCGAGGUAAAACAAACCGAGUGAAGCAGUAUUGUCGGAAGGACUUUGUGUUACGAGCAAAGAUCAUCAGCAAGAAGAUCGUUGGGUUGGAGACUCGCUAUGAUGUACAGAUUAUCAGAACAUACAAGAACAACUACCCGCUUGUGAGACGUGAGUACGUGUGGACACCAAACAUCUGCAAUUGUCCUCUGCUGAUGGAGAAUAAGGAGUACAUACUUAUGAUGCACCAGCAUGUGAACUAUGAGCGUACCCUCAACAGGAUCCUACUUGAGACAGACAGCUUUGUAAGGCCCUAUAGCUCCAAAGAAGAUAGACUGCUGAGGGACCUAGGCAAAGAGUGCAUAAAAUAUGGGCCACGCCUUAGGACUAACCUCUGAGGGUAAAGUGAAAUGAGACAGCAAACACUGACACAUAAUUCAACAUGUUACACCUCAGUCUAUCAUUCCAUCUUGCACUAAUGAAAGUCUGAUCAAGGCUUAAGUCAGAACAUUGGAGUUGCAGACUGGUUUGAGGUCCUGCUACUAACUGCUAUUCCUGUUUGCAUCAAUGAUAUAACUAUGUAAUACAAAGUGACCAGUCUGACUAGACAGGCAGGAAACUGACAAAUCCAUUAACAGUUUAUGAAGAUGGAGAGCUUCUUGUGGCUUGUAUGUAAUGUUGCUUGACAAGUUCAGAUCCUCUGGUUUCAACCUCAGGGUCUUUCAAAACCACAACAGCAUAGACUGACCAAUUAUGGCAGUAAACUUGUAUCUUUGUUAAUCUUUUGUGUUUUCUAAGGGCUGUGUCUCUUUAACAUACAACCAGAUCUUACACCCCUUUUAGUGUUGAGGGAAUUAUAUUUCUUGUAAAUUUUCUCUAUUUUGCUAUGAUUGUUGUAUUAUUGUUGGUCUAUUAAUAUUUUUAA